CUCUCCUACACACAGUCUUUCACAUUUCACCCUCUUCCUAACGCUCGUCUUCGUGAGUUCAUCUUCUUCCUCAAGAAAAUAAACAGAGAUCAAACAAUUCAGUCCAAUGAAAGCGAAAGAGAACCAUCGCUCUCGAUAUCAAAACUUCAAUCAUACCGCAUACUCCCCGAGUUUUCGGAAUCCGUAUCCUUCCGAUCGCGGCGUAUCGGAGAAAGACAAAUGGGAACUGUUUGUUCAUCUGGUUUCAAAGAUGAUGAUCAUGACCAUGAUGAUAAGAAGCUGAGUCAUGAUCAUGAUAAGAAGCUGAGAUCCACCGUUGAUGAUGAUAAGUCAAGAGGUUUCUCUGGGAAGCUCAAGUCCAUGACAAGAAGAAAGACCUCUGAUCCGUAUUAUUCUGACCAUUACGGUAGGAAAAGCUCCAAGCCUAAUGAGAAUCACGUCAACUUUUCCGGUGAACUCGGGCCCGUGCCUCCGUUAAGAUCAGACUCUACCAAGUUUAUGCAGAGGAACUCGUUUCUGGGAAGGGCAGGGGUUAUGGGGCUAGAGAAGGCGGUUGGAGUAAUAGACACGUUAGGGAGCAGCAUGUCUGGUAUGAACCCGGUCAACGGGUUUCACUCGGGUGUUCUAUCGUCGUCUCGUGGUCGCAAAGUCACUAUAUUGGCAUUCGAAGUGGCCAACACGAUAGCUAAAGGUGCUGCCUUGCUGCAAUCCCUCUCUGAAGAGAGUCUCAAGCUUAUGAAAAAGGAUAUGUUGCGUUCCAAGGGUGUUAAGAAGUUGGUUUCUACUGACACCAUAGAGUUGCAAAUUCUUGCUGCUUCUGACAAAAGGGAGGAACUUGAUCUUUUCUCUGGAGAGGUUAUAAGGUUUGGCAAUAUGUGCAAAGACCUACAGUGGCACAAUCUUGAUAGAUAUUUUAACAAGCUUGACACAGAGAACUCGGAGCAUAUAGUGCUCAAAGAUGAGGCAGAGACAGCGAUGCACGAGCUCGUCACUCUUGCCCGAUUCACUUCUGAAUUAUAUCACGAGUGGCAAGCUUUGGAUAGGUUUGAACAAGAUUACAGGAGAAAGCUCGCAGAAGUGGAGUCUUUAAACCUUUCUAGGAGAGGAGAGAGUAUCGUCAUCUUACAAAAUGAACUGAAACAACAGAGGAAACUCGUGCGGAGCUUGAAGAAGAAGUCGCUCUGGUCCCGGAAUCUGGGAGAGAUAAUCGAGAAGCUUGUGGAUGUGGUUUGCUAUAUUCGUCAAUCGAUUGUGGAAGUUUUUGGCAACAACGGUCUAAAAGCCAAUGAAGGGAAGCAGGGAAGAGAACGGUUAGGUGAAGCCGGUCUUUCGUUGCACUAUGCUAAUCUUAUCCAGCAAAUUGAUAGUAUUGCGUCCCGACCUUCAUCACUUCCUUCUAAUGUAAGGGACACACUGUACAAUGCAUUACCUGUUUAUGUCAAGACAGCUCUUCGUCCUCGGCUACAGAGUCUUGAUCCUGAGGAAGAGCUUUCAGUAUCUGAGAUCAAAGCUGAAAUGGAGAAGUCGCUUAAAUGGCUUGUCCCAUUCGCCACAAACACCACCAAGGCGCAUCAAGGCUUUGGAUGGGUAGGCGAGUGGGCAAAUUCAAAAAUAGAGUUUGGGAAGAGUAAAAGCGAGAACAACGGGAACCCAACACGGCUUCAGACACUUCACCACGCGGAUAAACUAAAAGUUGAUUCAUACGUACUUGAACUCGUCGUAUGGCUUCAUAGACUAAUAAAGUCAUCAAAGAAACGAGUUCACGGCGUUAAGCUUCCAGAAACCAACCAUGGCUCUCAGCCCAACAACAUAACCAUCUCUAAUACGCAACUAUCUCUCUCCCCUGACUUCACCUAUAAAAAACAACUCUCUCUAGAAGACAGGAUGCUGUUGGACAGUGUACAAAGCACAAGAUUUGGACCUAAUCUAAGUAAGAGUCAAGAGUUCGUCGGCCUGAAGAAGAAGAACAAGAACAAGAAAGGAAUCAAGAUCUGGGCGCUGAGCAGAAGUACAGGUAACUCUCCAAAAGUCAAUAUUUCAGGUAAAAACUCUUCUAGUGAUUUGGAUGUCCUUGAUGGUUUGAAUUUCGCUUUCCGACAAGCGGUUUGAGAAAACCGGUUUUUGAUACAAUCUUCUGUACUUAUAUAUUCUUAUCAUUUUUGUACAAAGCACACAGCAUAAGGAUACAAUCAUACAACAGUAAUGUAAUAGUUGAAACAGAACAAAUACACACACUGUGGUUGGUUUA